AACACGAAGUCUUUACGGAGAAGGUGAAGACGGCGCCGUAUCCGCCGUCCAUGACCAAAGUCAGGACUUUGCGUUACUUCUCCUUGUGGAACCAGGCGACGGCUGCGUUGAUUCGGAAGUUGAAACCCGACAUCUACCAUUGUAUGGAUUACCAUGCCGCGUUGGCUCCGUUAUAUCUGGAGGAGAGUGAACAAAUCCCCAUCAUUUUGGUCCUACACAAUGCCGACUACAUGGGAGUGGUAGAGACAGACUUCAUCAGCGAUCGCUUCUGGAAGACGGUGACGCAGCUGAGACGUCUCAGCUUAAUCCUGAACCUCAAGGUGGCGACCAUCAGAAAGUACUGCAUGUUUGAGGGUCGCUUCAACAUGCUGAAGGCAGGCGUCACCUACAUCAAGCAGACGCAGGCCGGCUACGGCAUUUGCGCGGUCUCUGAGAACUAUGCCGUGGAGCUGAAGCGUGAGCGCACCUUGUUCGCCGGCCUGCCGUAUCUCAUCAGCUUGGACAACGCCCGUGACCCAGGUUUGGAUGAGGACCCAGGUGCGAAGAUCUUGAUUUUCAUCGGGCGCUGGGUGAAACAGAAGGGUGUGGACCACAUCGCCAUGCUGACGCCGGCCUUCCUUCGGAGUCACCCAGAGGUGCAGAUCAUCUUGGCUGGGCCGCCGGACGAUGCCUGCGGCCUCUAUGCUGGCACGCUGCUGGAUCAGCUGGGAGAUGAGUUCAAGGGCCGUCUCUUCGUCUGUACCAAGUUCUUCAGGCUCCCCGAGGAGCUCCGCCGGGGUGCGCACCUCUGCUUCACGCCCUCGUGUUCCGAGCCCUUCGACUACGUGGACGUGGAGUUCGGCCUGCUGGGCGUGCCCUCGGUGGGGGCCGCCAUUGGCGGUCUCGGAAAAAUGCCAGGCGCCAUUGGGAGAUCCAGAUGA